GCGGAUACAAGAGCCAGGAUCGAUCCAUAUUCUUCGCGUCCCAGAAUGAACUUCAGCGCCGCCGACGAAGCGAUCAGCUUCCUGCAUGACUUCCACCGCGUUUUUGGAGGCCCCGCGGACUUCUCGCCUUAUGACCCUGCGUACAAGACGUUCUUGCGGCAGUUGACGUUGGGCUGCUUUGCCAUUGGUGUGCUCGUCAUGUCGCUGCUGCUGUUGAUUGUGGUUCGUCGCGUGAUGGCAUUGGGGGCAGGCACGCCAAGUCGCACCUCUCCCUCGUACGCCGCGUACACUCGCCUUCGACGCAAUUGGAAUCAUCACGGCUCCAACGACAUCUUUGCCGUGAUCCUGCUCGGUUUCACUGCGCUGAGCGCGUUGGGAGGGCUGUUGGCCGAGGCCCAAGUGGACUACAGCGUGCAUCGCGUGUCCCAUAGCAUGCACAACAUGUCAAACACGUUUCAUUCCAUCCACGGUAUCGGCGCCAACGUGUCGACCAUCGCCCAAGGCAUGCGAGCGAACACGGACGACAUGCUGCUGACGUUCAAGGACACGUUACCUGCGAACGCGACCGACCUCGCGUUGGAAGCCAUGAGAUUGGUGCACAUUUCACAUUCGUUGGCCAACUCGACGCACGGCCUGCCGUCCAACUUUUCGCACUUGGCAAACCAGUGGGAAGAGGAGUACUUCUGGAUGAAGUCGUCGACGAACGGCAUCAUCUUGACCAUGACGCUAGCGUGCUUCCUGGCGAUUUCCGCGAUUGGGUGGAGUAUGUCGUCGGCGCUGCGCAUGGCGGUGUUCCUCAUUCUCGUGGUGAUUCCAUCCUCCCACGGGUUGUUUGGCAUCUACUUGUCCAACUCGAUCGAGUCGGCCGACUUCUGCGUGGCGCCCGCCGCCAACACGAUGAUGCUGUUCCACAACGAUUCCGCGGUGCAGUACUUUGUCGAAUGCCCCGCCAACACGACGCUGUUUGGGCCGACAAUGUCCAACUUCCACGCGAGUGUGCAUGAUGCGUCGGCGAUCGAAGAGUUGCUGCAGAAGUUUGCGACAACAUUGCCUGAAGACACACGCAAGCGGCUGCAAGUCGGGUACUUGGACCCGAUCGCCGACCAGUUGGCCGCGCUGGCCGCGCUCGAAGCGUCGUACUACUCGGUUUCUGCCUGUGCCCCCAUGUCGCAGAACCACAAGGACGUGGUGCAGACGUGGUGCACGAACGGCAUCCUGGGCAUGUUUACGCUGUGGGUGCACCAAGUGGCGUUGUGUGCAAUGCUGUUUUUGAGUGUGAUUGCGCUUGUGACAGUGUUUGAGCAAGUCCGGGCCAAGGAAGAACGCGUCGAGAUGCAGUACCAUUUGCUCUCUACGUACGAAGAAGACAACAUUGAGCACCUGUACAUGAGCCCAGAAUAGUCGGAUGAUAUGACAUUUGAGAAGAAGAUGGAGAUAUGUUUGUGUUUUCAGACGGGAUAAAGUAGAAGUAUUCGAUCGAUGGGGUGAACGUUGUCACACAUUUGGGUGGGCUUUGCCUCGGUGUAGUGGCAAUAAUAAUAAUAAUGGCGUGGGGAUAUAUAAUACAACAUGGACCAAGCGCCAUAAAAGAGA